GGAGCCGAAACUCCUAGAAUGGGUGUUGAGCUUUGAGAAAGGAAGUACCAUUUUUUCUGAAGACACAUUGCGUCAGCCAGAUUGAUGUUGGCCUAGAUUUAAGAAAUAUCUCUAUUUAAAGUUGAAACAAACAAGUUAAUAACUCAGCUUUGGCCCACCAAAUAAUGGCUCGAGCGGGUGUGCAUAUAUAUAGCCGGGAUCAGGACAGUGUUGAAAUCUGUGGGGUUUCAGCUGGGCGGAUGGACAAAGGAAAAGUGACUUUGACCAUACGGGAGCUGAGCAUUUGGACGGGUAGAAUACGCCGUGGCUUGCCCAAGGCGUGCGGCAAACUACCAGUAGAGGUACUGCAGUAUACAUCUAGUGACGGCAUGAUCAGACACCGGUGCAGGACUAAUCGAUGGAAGAAUCUGGUCAAGGCAAUAGGGGCGAGACAGGGCCUACCCCAGAGGCCAAAGACGAAGCAGAGGAAUCGCCGAAGAUGCAAGGGGGUCAUGAAAGAAAAGGAAAAUAAGGGUGAUGGAAAGAAAAGGGACCUUGUGGCAGGCAAGCAGUUGCGCAGAAAAGCCAAUGAAGCAGGAAAAAAAGCUAGCGGUCAAACGAACGGCACGAAGGCAAGACGAGUGAGGCCCAAGAGAGACGAGACCAGACAAACAAGGACAGAUGAAUACACGCAGAAAAGAUCCCAGCAACACCAAACAUAAACAGAUAAAUUGAUAAAUGAUUGAAUUAUUAAACGAAUCCAUAAGUAAAUGAAUUAAUAAAAUAUAUCUAAUAGAUUAAUAGGUGAAUAGAGUACUAUCGUUCGCGAGGGUACAUCUGUCAAUUUAAACAAUAC